AUGGAGAUCCGGCAGCACGAGUGGCUCUCGGCCUCCCCCCACGAGGGCUUCGAGCAGAUGAGGCUCAAAAGCCGCCCCAAGGAACCGUCGCCGAGCCUGACCCGAGUGGGCGCGAACUUCUACAGCAGCGUCAAGCAGCAGGACUACAGCGCCAGCGUCUGGCUCCGGAGGAAAGACAAGCUGGAGCACUCCCAGCAGAAAUGCAUUGUGAUCUUCGCCCUGGUGUGCUGCUUUGCCAUUCUCGUUGCAUUGAUAUUUUCUGCUGUGGACAUCAUGGGAGAGGAUGAGGAUGGACUCUCAGAAAAAAAUUGUCAAAAUAAAUGUCGAAUUGCCCUGGUGGAAAAUAUUCCUGAAGGCCUUAACUAUUCAGAAAAUGCACCAUUUCACUUAUCACUUUUCCAAGGCUGGAUGAACUUACUGAACAUGGCCAAAAAGUCUGUUGACAUAGUGUCUUCCCAUUGGGAUCUCAACCACAGUCACCCAUCAGCAUGUCAGGGUCAACGUCUUUUUGAAAAGUUGCUUCAACUGACUUCACAAAAUAUCGAAAUCAAGCUAGUGAGUGAUGUGACCGCGGACUCAAAGGUAUUAGAAGCCUUGAGAUCAAAGGGAGCAGAGGUGACAUACAUGAACAUGACCGCAUACAACAAGGGCCGGCUGCAGUCCUCCUUCUGGAUCGUGGACAAACAGCAUGUUUACAUCGGCAGUGCUGGCUUGGACUGGCAAUCACUGGGACAGAUGAAAGAGCUCGGCGUCAUCUUCUACAACUGCAGCUGCCUGGUCCUGGACUUACAGAGGAUAUUUGCUCUGUACAGCUCAUUAAAAUUCAAGAACAGAGUGCCUCAGACCUGGUCCAAGAGGCUCUAUGGCGUCUACGACAACGAGAAGAAAUUGCAGCUUCAGUUGAAUGAAACCAAAUCUCAAGCAUUUGUGUCGAAUUCUCCUAAACUCUUUUGCCCUAAAAACAGAAGCUUUGACAUAGACGCCAUCUACAGCGUGAUAGAUGAUGCCAAGCAGUACGUAUACAUCGCUGUCAUGGACUACCUGCCUAUCUCCAGCACAAGCACCAAAAGGACUUACUGGCCAGACUUGGAUGGGAAAAUAAGAGAAGCAUUAGUUUUGCGAAGUGUUAAAGUGCGACUCCUUAUAAGCUUCUGGAAGGAAACUGACCCCCUUACAUUUAACUUUAUUUCAUCUCUUAAAGCUAUUUGCACUGAAAUAGCCAACUGCAGUUUGAAAGUUAAAUUUUUCGAUCUGGAAAGAGAGAAUGUUUGUGCUACAAAAGAACAAAAGGACCACAGCUUCCCUAAAUUAAAUCGCAAUAAGUACAUGGUGACAGAUGGCGCAGCUUAUAUUGGCAAUUUUGACUGGGUAGGGAAUGAUUUUACCCAGAACGCUGGCACAGGCCUUGUUAUCAACCAAGCAGAUGUGAGGAACAACAGGAGCAUCAUCAAGCAGCUUAAAGAUGUGUUUGAGAGGGACUGGUACUCCCCCUAUGCCAGGACCUUGCAGCCUACCAAACAGCCCAACUGCUCCAGCCUGUUCAGACUCAAACCCCCCAACAACAAAACUGCCACGUACAGCGCCAGCGCGAAGGACCCCGCCAGCGUAUAACAUGAAGGAAAAACUGACAGGACAGCUUGUCUUUCCUAUUUAUAUAUAAAGGACUUGAGGAGAGAAAAACAAUUUAAUAUGUCUUUUUUAGGGAAAAAGCACACUUACAAAAAAUAUUCUCCGAACGCCAUGUAAUAUCUUAUCUCACAGUAUCUUAGCGGCGUGUACGCUCAGUUUAGGACUUUUGUAUUUGUUACUCCUGACAGAGAAUGUCAUUUCAGCUUGGAAGUUAGUUUUUAUGUUUGCAUACAAAUUUUAAGACUUUGAUGCCUCUUCCUUCCUAGUUUUAGAACUUUUCCUGCCAACUCACCUGGUUGGUUCUUAACAAAGCUUAGCAUGAGGUAAACGCUUUCACACCCUUCUGAGAACUGCUUCUUAGAGAGGUGAGUAAGGCUUUCACCGCAGCCAAGGGACUGAUCAAGCCAAGUAUUUACCCCGUAAACCGUCUCCAAGACCUCUGCAGUCCUCUGAGCAUGAACAGCUGACAUCUCAUGCCAACCUCAGCACUCUUGAAAACCACCCUUUUACCUCCUUGCUCAUUAUCUCUGGAUACCGUACCUUUUACUUGGUACAUUUUCUCUUCUCAGAGAAUGUUCUUUUUUAGCAUCAGCAUCCCUCUGUUCACCUCCAUGCUAAUUCUAAGUAUGGUGACGUCUUUUGAAAAUAUAUGAAUUCCUCAGAAUGGAUUACAAGUGGAAAUAGCAGUCUUUAAUUUUCACCAUUCAACUGCAUUUCCCCCUCAAAUUAAUAGUUUAAAACCACAGCCAGCAAUAUGUAUCUUUUGUCUCAAGCUCAGAUAAAUUAGGUAGCUACCUGCAAAUAUCCAGCAAGCUAUAGGUCUGCAUUAUGAGAAUAAAGUAGUUUUUCACAUUUUUGUUUAGCUUAUGGUAUUAUAAAGGAAAGAUCUCUAUGCAUCUGUGGAUUUUAAUUUCUUUAGAAUCAUUCAUUAUGCUGUUAAGGGUAUGCCAGCAAACCUUUAUAGAGCUAUUUAAUAUACCAAAUGCUUUUCAGAGAAAUGCAAUUUAAAUACUGUGCUUAACAUAUUUUACUAAGAAACAAAAAUAUUGGAUUAUUGUUCUAUAAUGUCGUUGUGUGUUGCUGUUUUAUAUCUAUACAAUAUAUAACCCUAUAUUAAUGGAGACCGUUGCCACCCUAGAAACAGGCAUGGCCUCCUUAGAGCCCAGAGCAGGAGGCCAUCAGGAUGCCAGUCUUUAGGUUGCUCCUGACCCCCUCGGGCCUGGAAUAGAGUCCUGCACUCUUUGGCCUCGGGUUUCUAUUGGUAAUGUAGGGACAGUAAUACUCACCUACCUCGCGUAGAUGUUGUCACGGUAGGAAAUAUUUAUAACUUGUUUUGAAAUCAAAAGAACCUAUAUAAAUGCUAAGCAUUGUGAUGUAUAAUCUUUUUCUUGAACUAAUCUUUGUGGUAUCCUGAAAUAAUCAAUACCAGGUUCUUCCAGAGAACCUACAAGGGAAAACAAAUGCACAGCUUCCAGCUGCAAAUGUGGGUGAACACAGUAACUCAGAAACCGUGCUAGAGAUCAGGAUUGUCAUCAUUUUGAUGGAACAUUUCGUUGGGUCACUUUGACAUAAGUAACAUCCAUAUAAAAUGAGACAUUGUGCCAGGAAUUGUUCUUUAGGACCAGCAUAAAUAUGUGUUUUCAGAACAAAGAAAAGCAAUCUCAAUUAUAAUUUUUUACAUCUAGAGACUUAUUUCUACUCUGCCAAGCUGAGUGAUGGAAGGAGCUAUGAAUCUCAUCCAGUGGGUUUGACUUGUGUAGAAAGGCCAUUGUUGGUCAGCUAGCAGUCACAUAGCUUCUUUCUUGCUGCUUCCAAGAUAGGCUUUACUGGAUAUAUGGCCCAUCAGUGAAGACAGCAGGAAGGAUUGGGAGAUUCCUAAUGGAAUUAUUCACCAACACUGGCCAGGCCCUGAGACUCUAAAUAUUUACCAUAUAUCCCUAGUCCUUAUUUGAGUAGGGGGGUGUUUCUGUCAAUCAUUUUAGUAAGGGUUGCUUUGGAAAUGAUUUUAAAAAGAAAGAAAACAAAAGAACAAGCAAAGACAAGGUGUGGAGACAAACAAACAUCCUGAGUUCAAUCCUGGGCAAAGAAGAGCAACCAGGGCUAGGUUUGAAAGGACGUCUGAAGGGGAGAGCACUGUUGUCUCCUGGACUGUAUGUCAUAGCCAUGGGACAGGCAUUGGCUUGGUGUAAUGGGGCCCCUUUCACUGUCCCUUGCUUUUGCAUGUGAUAGGAGAGAACUGUGUCCUCUAUCAAAUGAUGGCCUUUACCAGUUCGCUUUGAGACCAUCAAUAAGGUGGCACCAGGAACUGUGUCCAGGACUUCGUGCCACCAGCACCACCAGCAGCAGAGCCCUCCCUGACCCAGCGCCCCACCUCUUCAGCCAGGCCACUGACUUCAGGAGGCAAUGCUGGCCUCCAGAUAGCCAGGAAAACAGCCCCGCACAGAGAGUGUCUUAAACGGGCCCAGGUCUCCUAAGAGAGCAUUUAAUUCGGCAGACCUUUCUUUUGCAUUUGGAUGCUUUAUCUACUCCUCUAGGAGUGGCCUUCCUCUUUUCUGACUCCGUGUCUUUGCUACAUAGACAAACAACUUCCAUUCCCCCUUGAAUUAUUUCCCAAGAGAGAUAAAAGGCAAAAUAAAAACAAUUUGAGACAAUCUAAUGAUGUCCUUGGAGCAAUUAGGAGCAAGAGGCUAACUGCUAACUUCCACUGUUUUCUCCAUAAAUAUUCCAGGAGUUAUUUCCCAAAGGGGAAUAUGAAAAUGAAUGCAAACACAAUUCAAGACCAUAGUUUAGAUUUCUGUGCCACUUACAUUAACCAAGUGCCUUAUUUAUUCUCAAACAUUGAUUUUUAAAUGGUGAUUCACUCUACGAGAAUACUUCUGCUUACUGUGGGGUCCAGUAAGACCUUCUGAUGGGCCGUCCAGUCAAAAAUAUGCAUGAAACAGCUUUUGUGUAGCCUGCUGUCCUCCCAAGCCACAUAGCACUGAGCACCCCCAAAUCAAGUCAUUGACACACACUGUCAAACAUUAACACUGUUGGCCCCCUCUGCACUGCCACUGGCUACCAGUGUAUCAGCUAAGUAAAUCACAGCUUAUCAAGCCACCGGAGAGGAAGUGGAACGUUCUGGAUGAUAUCCAUGCUCUCUGAAUGCCAUGCUUUGGAUACCUGAUAAUGAUAGAAGCGAGGCACACUGAAAAUGUCCCCACUGUCUUUAAAGGACCUCAAAAUAGAUGUUCAUGGAUUUCCACAGUGUCGUGGCACAUAGCAUGAAAACUCGUGUCUAAAAGUCAAAGCAGACCCAGUAAAAAAAAACAAAAGAGCUGUGGAAAACUGUACAUCAGUGUAGCUCUGGGCACCUUUCUCUACGCAGGCUGUUCCUGUGCUCUGGUGUGUCUCACUGCUGAACUGGUUCUCAGUGAGAUGGGUCUGAUCACAUUGUUGGUUGAUCUUACCCUUUUAAAACUGUGUUUUGUUACUGCAGUUACUGAUUUGUUCAAAGUGCCUCGCUGAACCUGGGACCGACAGAAGCUCAUUUCCCACCAGCCUGUGGCUAUUCUCAAGUGACUUUGAUUCAUUCUGUUUGUUUUUAGAAGAUUUUAUUGAACUAAAUUCCAGGGGAAAACAAAAUAAAGAGACUAUAAGAAUUUCUUGAUAAGAUCAGACCCAGGGUCCGUCUGUCUCAGGAAUUCUAUCCCAGAAUCUGCCUUUUUUUCAUAUGUAUAAUCACUUGUGUGAGUUUCUCUGUCCAAAAUUCAUUCUAUUAUCUUUAACAUUUAAGGGUUGUAAAGAGCUGCCUUCACUUGCAAUGGGACAAUUCUCUUCUGAAAUGAUAGACACUUUGCUAUUGGUUGUGCAGAUGCAGUCCCUAAUGAACAGCCCCAUACAUUGUGGACAAAUGUUCGAUUCUUUGGAUUUCUGUACUUACUCUCAAUGACUGGUGCACUUUAUUAUAAGCCUUUUGAAGGGGGAAAUUCAUAUAAUAAUGUCCAUUUGGCCUACAGUAGAUUGGAUAAAUGAACCCAUAUUCAGCAUUUUUCCACUUGCUGUGAUUUAGCUUUUUCUUUUUCUUUUAUAUGCUGGUAACCAAAUAGCUAUUCAUCAUUUUUACCUUAUUGAUUUAAAUUGCUGGAGACAUUUUAAUAGCCCUGAAGUCAACUCCAGUUCAUUGCCUGCCUUUCCUGUUUGAGAGACUUCCCAUCCAGUGGCUGAAUUAUGAAGAUACUGCUUUUUAUGGUGACUAGAUAGGCAUUCUUCAGAAGCUUCUUGAAAUAGCAAAAACUGAAUUUUUUUUUUUAUUUUUGACCCAUCAGCAAUCUUGUACUUACAGAGUUCUAAAAAAGGUCACUGAUCACUUCUGCUUCUUUUGGCAAUUCCCUGAAAAGAAAUGAGAGAUUUAAUAGGCUAUUCCGCAUUUUCUUCUGUUACGUUCAACUACUAAACUCUGACUCUGUUACAAAGGAUAUCUUGGAUUUUUCAUGUUUCUUUAUGUAAACAGGAUAAAGUUGUACCUGGACAUAUCUAUACUAUUAACCUUAAGAUCCCUAAAUAAAUUGGUAUGACAAAGGGCUGAAUUUGGGGGCAUCAUUAAAAUUCUCAAACCUUUCAUAUAA